CCCCUACCCUAGGCCCAGGGUCCUUCCGUGCUCCAUGCGUUCUUUCCUCGCUGUUCCCCUUCCCUUCCUACGAAAGCCUCCGUUUAUCUCCAUCCUUUGAUCGAUCCGACUCUCUUCCACCACGAGGCCGAUGUUGUCCUUGCUGCCAGAAACCGGCAUUAUUCCUCGAGUAAAUCCGGAGCAAGGCCGCCUGUUCUUCUCUCGAAGAAUCCCGCGGAGACCGAGCUCCAUAAUGUGCGUCUCUUCAUCCAAGAAGCUCGAGAAAUCUCCAGCCAUCACAUCCCAAAUCCAUUCGUUUCCUAUAUUGGUGAAUGGAUGCACUGGAAAGAUGGGGAAGGCUGUUGCAGAAGCUGCAGUUUCUGCAGGCCUUGAAUUAGUGCCUGUGUCAUUCAGCAGUCGAGAGAAGUCUGGUAGAACUGUACAAGUAGGCAGUACAGAGAUUCAAAUACAUGGCCCAUCCGAAAGAGAAAAUAUUCUGUCCUCAAUGUUUGAAAAAUUUCCCAAUCUUGUGGUGGUGGAUUAUACUGUUCCUGAUGCAGUGAAUGGAAAUGCUGAACUUUAUUGCAAAGUAGGCGUGCCAUUUGUAAUGGGCACAACCGGCGGGGACAGAGCGGUACUGUAUAAGACAGUGCAAGAUGCAAAUGUGUAUGCAGUAAUCUCACCGCAGAUGGGGAAACAGGUUGUUGCAUUUCUUGCAGCGAUGGAAAUUAUGGCCGAAGAAUUUCCUGGGGCCUUUUCAGGCUAUACUUUACGAGUGAUGGAGUCGCAUCAAGCAAGCAAACUGGACAUAUCUGGUACUGCAAAAGCUGUCAUUUCAUGCUUUCGGAAACUUGGUGUCUCCUUCAGUUUGGAUCAGAUCCAACAGAUAAGAGACCCUAAACAGCAACUUGAAAUGGUGGGCGUCCCUGAGGAGCAUUUAUCUGGUCAUGCGUUUCAUAUGUAUCAUCUAACAUCACCUGAUGAGACAGUUUCUUUUGAGUUCCAGCACAAUGUUUGCGGCCGAUCAAUAUAUGCAGAGGGAACAAUUGAUGCUGCCAUAUUUCUGUCAAAGAAGGUCCAGUCCAAGGCUCAGAAAAGAAUAUACAACAUGAUUGAUGUCCUGCGAGAGGGUAAUAUGCGAUGAUGAUUUUUCUUUUUAUUGCUUCCUUCUAUCUGGUUCAAUAAUGUUGAUUCAUGUUGUAAAAUUUUGUAACUUGUGGCAGUUUAGGUUGGUUUCCUUUAUAAAUUUUAAUUUCAAUUUUUCUGGUCCAAGUGUAGACCUUUAAUACUUCUUGCAAUUGUCUUCGGUUCUGGAUUUUUAGUUGAUAUGCAGAGGCAAUUUCAAAUUUUCACAUUGGCCUUGUCGUA